AUGUUUCGAAGUAUCUAUAAGAUAGUAACUUUUACUAUGGAUUUUACAUUAGGAAAUGAACAAACGGUUAACAAUGUUGAGGUGUCGGAUGGGUCAGAGAGUCGAAUCAUUGAUGGAAAACAAGAUCAUGAUCAGAAAGAUAAUGUUCCAUCUGUAGUAGACCCAAACUUAUCACGUGAUAUAAAACCCAUUCCUGUGAGUAACAGGUUUUCCGAAAAUUCGAAAUCAUCACAUGAGAGACAAAAACAAGAGGAAGAAAUUGCCAAUACUUCUCCCAUCAUCUGCCCGGAGAUAGAUAGAAAUGUAGAGACAGAAAGAUCGGAAAAAGAAAAAUCUUCUGAUAGCUUACCAAGGGCGUCCCAAAGGGACCACAUCCUACUGACCAAGAAUAGUGGGAAUGUUCAGGCUUCUUCAAUUCCCAGAUCGAUAAGUAUUAAGAGACUUGCCAAUUCAUUCUGCCAGGCAAAUGUUGGAAGAAAUAAACCGAUUGUAGCAAAGCGAUCAGAGAUUACAUUAUGGCGUUUAUUUUCUGAAAGAUUCGAAGAUAAAGUCGUGGAGCUUAGGUCUAAUGAUAAGAAACUUACAGAUCAAACUGCACGAAAGCAGAUUUAUAAUGAAAUGAAACCUUACCUUACAGGCGUUUCGGAUGGAAAUUUACGUACAAUGACCUGUAGAGCACGAAAAAUCAAUAAGUUGUUUGGGUAUGAAUAUGAUCCCGUAACUCUGAAAAAGAUUGAUGGUAUGCCAGGAUACAUGGUUAAUCGGGUCACCUGUAAUGCUUAUAGUAUCUCAAAACUCACUAAUCCACAAAUCCAAUAUAUCAUUGAUCAAGUCAAAUUGAAAACAAUCACUAGUCAUGUGAACGAAACCUCUGAGACCAUGGCUAAUACUUCAGCUAAUGACCCCUCAGAUGACAAUUUUAGUAAUACCUCGGAUGUUACAGAUUAUUUUAAGGAAGAAGAAGAGAUCCCGGAGGGACCUAAAAACGUUCUUAGUGAAUCUGAAGAGGAAGAAGACUCCGAUGCUAAUAAAUCUGAUUCCGAUGUAUAUUUCAAAUCCGAUGACUCUGACUCCGAUGAUGAAUAUGAUCAUGAACUACAUGAAAGGCUCCAGCGUGAAGAAAUGACAAGAAUAGCAAAGUUAGAGGAAAAACCACCUGCUGAUGACGAUUUUGAUAAAAUACUCAUGGAAAUCCACGAGAACCAUGAUAUAUAUUUUGAUGAUUCCGUACCCUUGACUCAUGAUGGGACAUUUGGGACAUAUAUGGGACAUAGUUGGGACAUAUAG